AUGAAGAACGAACAGCAGAGGAUGAUCUCCUCAAAGAUAAUCAACAAUUCACAAAUGCAUCCCUACAACCUCAUCCCAUACUUUCUAAUGUUUGGAUUUGGUCUCGCAUUUGGGAUUGCUGCCAUUUCCUACCUCAAAUACUGUUCCUUCAGCCUCCAGCUCACCCAGUUCUUCGUCCCAACCCUAAAGCCCUUGCCCCUACCCUCCUCCCCCUUCCUUUUAAACCCUAAUAAUUAUUCCACAGCAUUGCCAGCGCCAGAAGAAGCAGAAGCAGAAGCAGCAGCUUACUCCGGCAGAACAGGGCUGAAGGAGUUCUUGAAGGUGCCAGCGUCCGCCAUGCACGACAUGGAAGACCACGAGCUCCUGUGGAGAGCCUCCAUGGUGCCUCGAAUCAGAAGGUACCCCUUCAUGCGCCUCCCUAAGGUGGCCUUCUUGUUCUUGACCAGGGGACCUCUGCCCAUGGCUCCUCUCUGGGAGAUGUUCUUCAAAGGGCAUGAAGGCCUCUACUCCAUAUACCUCCAUUCUCAUCCUUCCUAUAACGAAUCCAUGCCCAAAACUUCUGUCUUCUACGGCCGCAAUAUCCCCAGCAAGGUCGUAAAAUGGGGGGAGUUCAGCAUGGUGGCGGCGGAGCGUCGACUUCUAGCAAACGCAAUGCUCGACGUCGGAAACCAGCGGUUUGUCCUCCUCUCGGAGUCCUGCAUUCCCAUCUUCAACUUCACCACCGUCUACAGCUACCUAAUGGGCUCCAACAAGAGCUUCAUCGAGGCCUACGACGCCCCCGGCUCGGUGGCGCGUGGCCGCUACAACCCCCGCAUGAUGCCCCACAUCCACGUCUGGCAGUGGCGCAAAGGCUCCCAGUGGUUCGAGAUGGACCGCGAAGUCGCCGUCGGCGUCAUCUCCGACCACAAAUAUGCCUACCUCUUCCGGCGGUUCUGCAAGCCAGCCUGCUACUCCGACGAGCACUACAUCCCGACCUACGUGAGCGUGAAGCUUUGGGAGAGGAACUCGAACCGAACCGUGACUUGGGUUGAUUGGUCCCAAACUGGGCCUCAUCCGGGCAAGAUCGGGGAGAAGAAUGUGACCGCUGAGAAUCUGACAAGGCUGAGGUUCGGAACAGAAUGCGAAUACAAUGGGAGGAAAACCAAUAUAUGCUACCUGUUUGCCAGGAAGGUGAUGCCCAACGCAUUGGAGAAGUUGCUCAGAGUUGCUCCCACACUGCUAUUCUUCCAAUAGUUAAAUUCCAAUUUUCAUCUGCAUGCAUGCAUGCACGAAUGAAGUAUGCCUAUGUACCUUUAUAGAUUUAAUUUGAUUCUAGAUCAUGGAUUUGCAUGCUUGCAUGCAUAUGUUUUUUCUUUUUUUGUCAAAAUUUUUCUUUUUUAAAUUUCUUACAUAGGACGAAGAGAAAUGGAAUAUAAAUUUGCCCAUUGAGGGUU